AUGGAGUCCUCUGAAAAACUUGUUAAGAGUAAGAAUCGAACUUCCACUGAUUUUUUUGAUUCUCUAUUUAUGGAGUUGGACGGAUUGCAAGACUAUUAUCGAUACACUGAUGCUGCAGAUGAAAUUCGCAUCACUAAAAUUGAAGUAGAACUGUUGAGCAUGUUUCAGAUGGUCGUGGCAAAUUGGGAUGAUGCCGAUAAGCAGCAUGGUGCUGGUCAGGGGUUGGAGCCUCUACUGCAGGAUCUUGAAGCUGCGUCUGAGAAACCAAUGAGUGAUCUAAGAAUUGCUGAUUCAGAAAGUGCUGUUACGGUUGCAGUUUGGGGCUUAGAACUGAACUUUUUGCGUUCGAGGCCACAAGUGGAAGCAGCUUAUGAAUAUGUUGCAUCCAACUAUUCAUUGAAAUCCCACGAUUUUUUAAGCAAUUAUCAUGAGUGGAAUAACUUUCUUGGCUAUCUACAAGAUAUUGUUAACAAGCUCAGCCACAACCACCCACAACUUAGUAUCAUGUAUGAUGUGCUAAAAUGUCUCGGUCGCUAUGUCGAUAAAAUGAGAGGUUCUUGUCCUAAUCUGCAUAGAAAUCUCUUGACUCAUUUUGGAGGUGUACUUGUCCGCACAGCGCAUUUUUCUUAUUUGUGCUGGAUUCAUCGAAGGGAUCAAGACAAGAAGCAGGGGAUGAUCAUCAUGCUUUCUGAUCUGCUAAAGGCGCUAAUGCCUAAUACUCCACAAUUUACAGAGCUGUGUAUCAAAUUAACCAGCAGUUUUUGCUCAUGCCACUCCCAAAGAUCAUCAAAUGACGAUCUGGUGAAAGCAUAUAUUGAUUUUGUCAUUCCUGAGAAAGUUUCUCAACUUAAAACCUUCCGCAAAAGGCUCGAAGACCUGAUAUUCUUCGCCAGUUCCAUUUAUGUGCCAGAUCGCUGGAGGGAGGAUGAUGUGAAGCUGACUUUAAAGGAGAUUAAAGCAAACAUUAGCGAGCUUGGAUCUUUUAGUUAUUCAUUUCAUGCAACAGAGGAAACAUGGCACGCUGAUCCUGCAUUUUUUAGAUUGCUAGAAAAGAUGGAGGUUCUAAGGGUAGAAGUCUUCCUGAUCAACCUGCUGUACCAAAGAAUGAAUUUGAAGAUCCUUGACGGCUAUGUUGAAUCUUUCCAAAUUUAUCAGAGAGAUGCAUCUGAGGGGGAAAGCGAAGUUCAUAAGCUAACUUGGUUGUAUAUUAAAACUAUGGCUAAAAAGGCUGUCUCUAUUUAUCGAUCAGUUCAUGAGAAGUCCAUCACUGAAGAAAAGUUCAGAGAUGAGCUAUUUAAGGUGCUAAAGAAGAUUAGACUUUCAAAGACAGAGAUACUUAUGGAAGAGCUUCUUGAUAUACAACCAAGUCAGAUAGUCCAUGUGAGGGCCCAAAUUGAAAGCCUUGAUCAGGGGCUGAGAGUCAUCAGAACUUACUUGGGGGGUCCACUAGAGGAGAAUGAGAAAUUGAUCUUGACACAAGCAGAUUCAGUAGAAAGGGAUGCUGCUCGUUUCUAUUACUCUCUUCUUGAAAAUGAGAUUACAGAAGAUACGGUGAGGAAAUUCAGUCAUUUGCUUCCUGAGUUGGUUGAAAAGAUGAAGUUUGUCAAUGCGCAGAUCAAAGAAAUUUACUUACCUUAUCGAAGGUCAUCAAGAUCUAAUUUCCCCAAGUUGGAAGGAAUUGGCUGCAUCGAUUUCUUUUUAGUAGAUCUCUUGAUGCAGCUCAAGACUAAAGCUGAUUCUGUUCUUUCUGUGAAACAUGAAUUUCAUGUCGUUCAUGAAGAGAUAAAGUUCUUGAGAUCAUUCCUCACAGAGAAUCAGGAUUUGAAAAGUGUUGCUGUGCACAUUAUACAAGUAACACUUGAGGCAGAGUAUCUCAUUGAUUUGUUUGUGGUUGAAGAUUGUUUAAGGUGGUAUCAUCAAUUAUGGCUUUCUGAUCUCGUGGAAGAUCUCAAACUUAUAAAGCUUCAGGCAAGAGAAACCUGUAACAAUGCACAUGGCAUCAACAUCCAUAAUGUUCCCACCAGUUCAAUGAUGGUUUCAUCACCAGCUAAAAUUCCCAAGAUUGAUGAAGUUGUAAUUGAUCUUGCUGAUGAAAAAAAGCUGGUCAUUGAUAGACUUAUAUCAGGGUCAGGAAAACUAGAUGUUGUCGCAGUUGUUGGCAUGGCUGGACUCGGCAAGACGACUUUAGUCAGGAGGGUAUACAACGAUCCUUUAGUUACAUAUCACUUCCACAUUCAAGCAUGGUGUUGUGUCUCCCAAGCAUAUCAGAAAAGAGAAGUGCUUCUUCAGAUUUUAAGUGACAUCGUGGAACUUACUGAUGAUGUCCUCGAAAUGAGUGAUGAAGAAUUAAAGUUCAAGUUGUACCGAUGCCUGAGGAGAAAUAGGUACCUCAUUGUUAUGGACGAUAUCUGGAGCAUUGAGGCAUUGUAUGAUUUCAAAAGAUCAUUUCCAAAUGACGACAAUGGAAGCAGAAUACUGAUCACGAGCCGUCACUUUCAUGUGGCUGCAGAAGAUGAAGUAGAUGGUACUCCUCAUUCUCUUCGGCGACUCUCUGAUGAUGAAAGUAGGAAGCUAUUACAGAAGAAGUUGUUCGACACAAAAGAGUGCCCCAAUGAACUGAUGGAAGUUGGAGGGCAAAUUGCUGCAAGUUGUAAAGGACUCCCUCUUGCAGUUAUUGCAAUAGCUGGUCUCCUUGGAAGGACGGACAUGAUACUCGACAGGUGGAAAGAAGUUUUAGAAAGUAUAUGCUCGCAGACUACCGAUGAUCCUGAAAUGAGGUGCAUGGAGAUCUUAGACAUAUGCUACAGGUAUUUACCCAACCAUUUGAAACCUUGCUUUCUUUAUACUGCAGUAAUUUUGGAGGAUAAAGACAUUCCAGUUAAGAAGUUGGCAUGGUUAUGGAGAGCAGAAGGAUUUAUAACAGAUACAGGAGCAGAAAGCAUAGAAGAUAUUGCAGAGGGGUACUUGAGGGAUCUGAUUGGAAGAAGCCUCGUACUGCCUUCCAAAAGAAGAUCACACGGAGGAAUCAAAACAUGUCGUGUCCAUGACAUGUUGCGUACAUUAUGCAUCCGAAAGUCUGAAGAAGAAAACCUUUUGCAGCUCCAAAAUGGGUAUGACGAACUUUUUGAUUCUUCUCACGAGGAUAUAGACUAUGGUGUUGAUCCCAAUUACAUUUAUCCCAAAAACUCUAUCAAAUACCAAAAACGUCGGCUGUGUAUCUGCUCCAAGAGAAAUCAUUUUGUCAUGUCAAGACCUUCUGGGUCACAUGUGCGCUCUCUGCUGUACUCUGCCACCAAUGAUUUGUAUCCAAGAUGUCCCUAUGACAUCUCCUUCAUUUUUGACAACUUUAAACUUCUCAGAGUGCUGGAUUUGGAAUGCAUCAAUAUGGGGGAUUCUUUCCCCACUGGAGUACUAGUGUUGGUUGGUCUGAGAUUUUUAGCUCUUUGUGGUGAUAUAGAUAGUAUUCCAGCAUCAAUAACAUUUCUCCAGAAUCUUGAAACCUUGCUUGUGAAGGGGUUGAAAGGUAAUGUAUCACUACCUUAUGCUAUGUGGAGCAUGGAAAACUUGAGGCAUGUCCAUGUAAAAAAUUAUGCUGUCAUCACCUUGCAAGAUGGUGAAAGCAUAGUUUUCCCUGAUGUACUUAAUCUGGUUAGUCUUUCAUCUCCAUAUCUCCUUUGUAGUAAAGGUAUAGAGGAUAUCAUGAGGAGGUUGCUCAAACUUCGGAAACUGAAAUGUCGAUUUUCUGAAUUACGGGAUGAUACUGGGAAGUCCAAUCAAUUUCCAGUGCUGAAUUUUCUCACUGAGCUUGAGUCCCUCAAUAUGCUCUACUCAGGCAGGGUUGCUAGUCCUUGUAAGUUUGACUUCCCAUCGAAUCUUAGGAAGUUAACUCUAUCAAAGUUUCGUCUGCCAUGGGAUUGUAUUUCGGACAUUGGGAGAUUACCUAACCUUGAGAUUCUCAAAUUACAGUAUAAAGCCUUUGAGGGGAAAGUGUGGGAAAUGAAAGAAGGCGAGUUCCUUAAACUGAAAUUUUUGAAGCUCGACAGCCUAAACAUUGCUGAAUGGAAUGCCUCCAGUGAUCACCUGCCACAACUUCAACACCUAAUUUUGAAAAGUUGCAGGCAGCUCAAGGAGGUCCCCUCUGGUUUUGGUGGCAGUUCUACUCUGGAGAUGAUUGAGGUCCUAUUGUGCACAGGCUCUCUUGAGGAGUCUGUGAGACGGCUCCAGGAGGAACAACCUGACAUGCGGAAUAAGCUGACGGUCCUUGUUGAUUGUUCAGACUUGGACUUUUGA